CAUACAAGGUUGCAAGGGAGAAGAAAAAGCAGUAGAAAAUGGAUUGCCUUUUGAUUGGUGUUGUGAUGGGUGUAAUGUUGUUGGGUUUAAGGUGGUUUGUAUACCUCCAGGGGCCACGGAAACGGCUCCCUCCGGGACCCAGACCCCUCCCGAUCAUCGGAAACAUUCACCAACUAGGUAAAAAUCAGACCGAAACACUGAGACAGCUGGCGAAAACGUACGACCCUCUGAUGUCGAUCCGCAUAGGCAGCGAGUACACGGUGGUGGCGUCCACACCGGAGAUGGCCAUGGAGCUCCUCCAACUCCACGGUCAGGUCUUCUCCGGUCGGACCUUUCCCCAUGCGAUGGAUGUAGGCGGGUUCAGCAAGUUCAGUAUUUUCUUCGGUCCGGCCGGGAAGGAGUGGCGCGACAAGCGCAAGGUGUGCAAGGAGAUUCUGUUCUCGGAGCGGUGCCUCGAAGAAAGCGAGGGCCUCCGCCAGGAGAUGCUGCAGAAGCUGGUGGAUCACGUCGGGGGCCACUGCGACCGAAGGGAUGUGGUCAACAUCCACGAUGUGGUAUUCAUGGCCAACCUCAACCUCUUGCUCACCACCAUCUUCUCUAUCACCUCCCCGGACACCGCCAUGGAGUUGAUGAAGAUUAUGAAAGAUUUUUUCUCCUUAUUUGCUCCCAAUAUCACCGACUACUUCCCCAUUCUAAAAGUCUUGGAUCCGCAGGGGAUGAAGCGCAAGGCUGAGUUAAGCUUGGGUAAACUCUUGGCCAAAUUCCGUGAUUUUCUUAACCACAGGUUGGACCACAGAAGGAACAACCCCAACAACAAGAAGCAGGAUCUGCUCGAGGCAAUCAUCGAUAUCACCCAAGCAAACGACUACAACAUUACCACACAAGAUAUCCCUAUUUACUUCUCGAAUUAAUCGUGGGAGGAAUAGACUCCAACUCGAACAUGGUCGAGUGGAUCAUGACUGAGCUACUAUUCAACCCGGACAAACUCGAGAGGCUAAAACGAGAGAUAAAGAGCGCAGUGGGAGAGAAUGGGAAAAUCCAGGAGGCGGACAUCGCGUCCCUCCCGUAUCUGCAGGCAGUGAUCAAAGAAACCUUUCGUUAUCACCCGCCAGGGCCUCUUGCGGUUACCCGGAUGUCAGAAGCCGAUCAAGAGGUGAAUGGUUAUAUGAUUCCAAAAGGGACGCAGAUAGUCGUCAAUACGUGGUCAAUGGCAAAAGAUCCGAGCAUCUGGACUGAUCCGGAAUCUUUUGAGCCAGAACGAUUCCUUGACAACAAACUGGACUUCAAAGGCCAGCAUUUCCAGCUCAUACCCUUCGGGGCGGGCCGGAGAAUAUGCCCCGGAAUACCCUUGGCAACUCGUAUUCUGCAGAUGACCACCGCUGUUUUGGUUCAUAAUUUUGACUGGAAACUUGAGAAAGACAAGGAUCACCCAGACCAUAAAGAAGCCAUGUUUCGGAUAAAUUUGAGCAAAGCAACUCCACUUAGAGCUUUUUCGUUUAAAAUUUAAGAUUUUCUCAUCUUAAUAAAUGGACAAUAAUAGCCCAUGCUUCCAAUAAUGUAACCCAUGUUGUGUAUUAUGUAUAUUGAAAAUUAUCAAUCAUAUUACUAUUUGGUACUUCA